AUGCUUGAAAAGAACGCUACUGUGAAUGUUAUCAAGGAAAUGUUAUCAACCAACAACAACAACAACAGUAACGAUAACAACAAUAACAAGAAGAGUUAUGCCCUUAGGGCUGUUGACGCGAAAGACAGCUGCAGUAACGUCAACGAUAAGGUGCAAGGCUACGGUAAUAUUAAACUUGACCAUAGUAGUAUUAACUUUAUUAUUGAAGAAAAAGCCUAUGGUAAUGCAUUAGGCAACUACGGUAACAAAAGCUACAGUAUAAGCAAUGAUAAUGUUGAAAAAAGCUACGUAUCAGUAGAAGAUGGUACCAGUAGAAAAUUUAUCAACCAAACUGAUUUCUUUGCUUUAAAAAGUAAUGUGACAUCAAAUUAUGUUGAGUAUAACCAAGGUACCAUCAACCACAACAUCAUAAACGACAACUUCUACACGCCUGAUAUUGAAGCCAUGAAUACACAAAGUGUAUAUGAUCAGAUCUACGAUAUUCAGCAAGAUAUGGCCUUCAAUGAUGGACCCAACAACAACUUUUCCACUCCCGAACAAUGGCAAUCGAUGGAAAUGGCCUGCUCGACUUCAGUGCCCUCUUUCCACUUCUCACAGUAA